AUGGCGGCAGAGGCUUCGACGGCUCAGCUAGCCAUGUCUUUCUACCCGCAUAUGGGCAGCAGGAGUCGGUCCUGGGGUGCCGCCGAGAUCCAGUGCACCCGGUGUGGAAGGAGGGUGCCCAGAGCAUCCGGUGAGGGCCCCAGGGUUGCUCCGGCCCCACAGCGGGUGGGUGGCCCAGCUAGCGGGAGGCAGACGGAGCGAGGCCUAGCCCGGCCGCCCGCAAGCCCAGUGAACUGGGGCGCGGGGCCUCAGGAGCUGCCGCCAGGCCGGGUGUCCAUGGAAACCGCUUUGCGGGCCUUCCAGGAGCCGCAGCCCACCCCCGAGAGGGCCUCGCUGGGGAGGGUCGGGGGCUUCCCGCCCCUUCCAUGGCUUUCUCCACUUCCGAAGCCCUGUCUCGCCGACCCUCCAGUGGGAGGAGGGGGCCCGGCGGCUGUAGCCUCCCUUCUCUCCGUUUCGCACGCUUCCUUGGGUUGGAUAAACAAUUGUUCUCAGGAUUUUAAGAAGACUGCUGAUCAGCUAACUAUUGGUUUAGAACACUCAGCCUCCACACACAGGACUGUUUCAAACUCAUCAGCUAUAAUGUCGGAAAUUAAAACUUCAGAAGAAAUCGAUGAAGCAUUGAAGAUAGCAGGCUAUAAUUUUGAACAAUUAAGUAUUGCUGUAAAAAUGCUUGAACACAUAGAGAAUCAAACAAGAGAGGAGACAGAAAGUGUUCUAGAGGUUGUGGAGAAACAAUUCGAUCAGCUUUUUACUUCUCUUAAUUCCAGGAAAAAGAACCUAUGUGAAGAACUUGUAAGAAAUAGAGAUGAUUAUCUAUCGAAUUUAACAAUGACUAAAAGCUACAUUGAAGAGAAAAAAAAUGAUUUGGAUGCAGUUAUGAAGAUAGCAAGAGAGUUAAAAUCAGCACCUUCUCUGAGAACAUAUUGUGACCUUAAUCAGAUUAUCCGAACUUUGACGUUAACGUUAGAGAGUGAAUUGUCACAAGUUAGUUCUCUAAAACGAAGGAACCCUCCCAGAUUGAUUAUGAAUUGCAGUGAGAUCAUCUGUAUGUUCAACGAUAUGGGAAAGAUUGAAUUUGAGGACUUAGUAAAAUGUUAUCCUCAAGAAAAUGAGAUUGGACAGAAUGUUCAAAAGAAAUACAAUAUUAAAAAGGAGCUCUCCUGUCAUGAUACAUACCCAUCACUAGAAAAGAAAAAGGUCGAUACGUCUGUCUUAACCGGUGAGGCACCACUACCUCCUUUGCAACCAGAACCCAGUGACGUGCAUCUAGAAGCAAAAAACUUCCCGUCACAGAAAGAAGUUGUUGCAAUGACGUCACCUAAAACCAUUGCUAUGCUACCUCAAAUGGGAUCCAGCCCUGAUGUGAUAAUUGAAGAAAUUAUUGAAGAAAACCUGGAAACAUACUUCACAGGUUAUCCUGUGGAGACACCUAGAUACCCAAAAAAUCCUCUUCAGAAAAACUCAUCUGUUCCUUUUGGAUCAAAAGCAGGUACUUUAACAACUGUCUGA